UAGGUCUCCCUCCAUGACUCUAACAGCUAAAGCUAACGCUUAGCAAACGAACCGGCGAGGUUUUAAAGCGUUUCGGACGCGUACGUGCACUUGCUGAGCCUCAAAACUGACUUCAGAGGAGCAAACUUUGGAAAGACGUGUCCACAGCGCCGAGUCACCUCCCGCCAUGGAAGCAAAACCUCUGACGUCAAGAUGACACCUGUUCACCAGCUGAGGAGGCUGAGGUCACGUGGCAAAGGCAGGGACGUCCUCAUGACGCUGGUCGUCUGGAAGGAGACUCAGAAGAUGACAUCUGAUAAGACCUGUUAUCAUCUGAGGAUAAUGGCUGUCACUGAAGUCCACUGGCUUUGGAACCCUUUUAGAAUGACAGCUGCUGUUUGUUUGCAGCGCGAGCUGCAGAGCUGUGAGGGGAGUGUGUCAGAAACAAUGUGCAGCCGGAGAUUGAUGUUUUUGUCAUCCACCUGCCGAUGCAAAUGGAGAAAGCCGGCGAGGCACAAACAAAAGAGGGGGAACCUCUGCCGCUGCUGGAGGAACAUCUGGGGGGUCUCGGCCACGACUGUGCCGGGUUCUCGACUGGUGGCUGUGUCCCCAGAAACAGGACAGAACGCUGGAGGGUGUGACGCCAGCCGGGACUGGACCUCAGCCAGGAGCCUCUCCUCCAGGCCCCACCGCCCCGGCCUGCAGGUACCUGCUCUGGCGGUGACUCCAGAAAGAAGCUGUCAGCGCUGCCAUUUGGGCUCGGGAGUGUUUGCCUCUCCCAUGUGGCCCUCCAGCACAGCGGCUCGUGCCCCCUCCUCCAGGCAAACAGAUGUCCCUCUUAGCUGGUUUGUCCACGCGAGCACAAACACGCCAGCGACGUGA